AGAAGAAGAAGAAGUACCGCUAGGGCUGUAGCUCCGGCGCUAACGGCUCGGCGUGUUCACGGCAAAGGUCGAUUUGUCGAGGUGGCCGAGUGGCACAGCUAGCUGCCGUUACUCCCCGCGGUUCCCUGAUAUGUCUGCACGUCUGUGCGCCAGCAUCCCGCACAGAGCCUCCUCCGCCUCCGUCUUGCUGCAGUACGCCAGAUGUGGUGCCCUGCCACCCUCUCAGAGAAGGCUGACCCAGCAUGCCCGCUUCUCCUCCCGGACUGGCUACAGCCCGGAGCAGCAGUGCUGCGGUGGUGGUCGCUGCAGGUCGCCGUCCCAGGUCCGACGGUACCGCUCGGCUCGACAGGACCUGCACUUCCAGCUCAACCAAGUCCAGAUCAACAGCGUUCUGCGAGCUAGUGAGCAGCUUGUGAGUGUUCCAGAGUUUGAUGGUAGGGGACUCAGUGCUGUCAGAAAGUUUGAGAGCAAUCAGCUUGCUGCUAACACACCUAAUGAGGACCGUCGGAGUGCAGCCACCUGCUUACAGACAAAGGGCAUGCUCUUUGGGCUGUUUGAUGGACAUGGGGGCUGGGCAUGUGCUCAGGCAGUCAGUGAGCGUUUGCUGUACUACAUAGCAGUGGCGAUGAUGCCUCAGCGAAGUCUAGAGGAGCUUGAAAGAUGUAUGGAGCAUGGAAGACCUGUCCCUCCCAUUUUGCAGUGGUAUAAACACCAUGGAGACCUUAACUUCCACGAGUCUGCCUCACUCUAUGUAGACCACCUCAGAGUCUUCUGGCAAGAAUUACUGGAUAGUGAGGAACAUGGGGACGGCCUGAGUCCAUGGGAUGCUCUGGAUCAUACCUUUAAGCGCCUCGACUCUGACAUCUCCCUUGAAGCUCAGGUCCCUCUUUCCAGUGACCUUAUGAGAAGCACAGCUAUACAGGUGGCGUUUUCUGGCUGCACUGCCUGUGUGGCCCACGUUGGCAUGGAGGGGAUCCAUGUAGCUAAUGCUGGUGACUGCCGAGCAGUGUUGGGGGUGCAGGAGGAGGAUGGGUCCUGGAGUGCCUUGCCCCUUUCUUGGGACCACAACGCCGAGAAUCAGGCUGAGCUGGAGCGGGUCAGGGCCCAACACCCAAACGAGAGAGAAUCAGUAGUCAUAGAGGACAGACUACUGGGGAUCCUGAUGCCCCUGCGCGCCUUUGGUGAUGUUAGAUUCAAGUGGAGUAGAGAACUGCAGCAGAGCGUUCUCGAUAGUCUGGACUCUGGAGUAGACCUGGACACUCUGAACAUGUACCACUACGCUCCACCCAACUUCCUCACACCGCCCUACCUGGAUGUGUCACCAGAGCUAACCUAUCACAAGUUGAGACCUCAGGACCGCUUUCUGAUUCUUGGCUCUGACGGGCUUUGGGAUGAGCUAGGGAGUGAGGAGGCUGUACAGCUUGUCGGGGAGCACUUGAGUGGAAUUCAUCUACAGGCUCCCGUUUCUCCAUCUGAGAGGCAACUAAACUUGGGUCAAAUGCAUGACCUCCUGCUGAAACGCCAGGCCCGUGCCUCUCCCGCUCUGGACCGCAACGCUGCCACACACCUCAUCAGGCAUGCCCUGGGCAAAGGGGACUAUGGAGAGCUAUGCCAGGAGAAACUGGCCUCCAUACUUGCACUUCCAGAGGACCUGGCUCGAAUGUACAGGGAUGAUAUUACAGUUACUGUUGUGUAUCUGAACUCGGACCUGGCCAAACCCCACCACAGCUAACGAAAAGCUUUUCUGAAUAUCAGAUGGACAUGCCACAUUAAUGCAACAUUUCUUCAACUUUCCUUUUCAAUACCAUUUCCAUUUCUUCUUUUUCUCUAUUUUUGGACGAAAAGGGGAAUUACUAGCGCUUAAAAUAAAAAAAUGAUUUGGAAACCUUUUUUUUUUUUUUACCCGAGAGGAGAUUGUGAAGUCUUGUUUCCUGUUCAGUUUAUGGCACUUUAGAUUUUUACCAAGGUUAUCUUUAUUCCAAUCAGUUUAUUAUUGUACAAGUCUUAAUUAUAUCACAGAUUUUAUUAGCCAUUGAUGUUUGCCCUGUCCUAAACUGUGAAAUGCAAUCUUCAAGGAUGAUUUGCUCACAAAUCUGAUAUGCAUCGUGUUGCAUAUCAGAGACGGGAAGUGGUUCAAGUUAAUGAUGGACAUGGUAAUAAUGCACAAAUUCACUUUCUAAUGUGUCUGACAAAAUCUGUGAAAUGUGUUUUGAUUUUUGUACCUGCAGUAUUUGGUUUUGGCCAUUCAUUGUGGAAGUUGUCUUUUCUAUUUGCUUUGCCGUAGUGAAUAUUUACUUUUUGUCAUUUGUGAAUGUGCUGUCUUGUUUUGUCACUGAAAUACAUUUAAAGUGACACUUUGAUGAAAAAGGGUUACAUAUGUGACCUGUUAAACAGUUGGAGAUUGCAUUGUUUUACAUGUGAUGAAAAGCACAAGCACCUAGUUUAAAAAGUAAUGAAACACUUUAUCUUGGUCACUGUCUAAAGAAUCAACUGCUGUUAAAAGUUUGAACUUCUGCUGCCAGAAACAGACAGACCUUGCAAAACCAGCAGCGUUAACCUGCCGUUUGCUGACUGUCACAGGAACCUGUCCUGCUUCUCAGGUCUUUUAUAAGCACUAGCAUGCUGUCUUGGCUGAGAAAUGUGAAUACCUGUUUGACAUAGAUUAUCCCGUGGGGAUCCAGAGAUGCAAACAUGAUGUAAGUACUUAAAAGAUAAAUUUUAGAUAAUAAAAGCUACUUAC